AUCAUGUUAUUUUAGUUUCUUGAUUAAUUACAUAUAUUUGAAAAAUGGGUUGGACAGGAGAGCUAUAAUGAGCAGAAGAGCAGUGAGGGUGAAAUCACAGCUAAAAUCCCACAAGAGAUUUGCAAAUGCAUUCACAACAUAUUGCAACCUUGUUGAUGUUGCAAGACUCUACAGCACAAAUGACAUUCAAGGCCCUGCUAAGCUAAUAGGGUGGAAGGACAAAGACAAGACAUUACAAGUGGAUCCAGAGGAGAUAAAGGUGUUGAAAGUAGUGGGAAGGUUAAAUGAAGAAGCAGAUUCAAUAUAUGAGCUUUACAAUCACCCUAAUCCAGCUUAUGAACCAGGCUCUGUUUGGAAGGACAUUGUCUUGUCCCCUUCCAGGUUCAACAUUCAAAAGGAACUCAAAUUUGCCAUUCACAAAAUUGAGACUUCUUCUUCUUCUCCACCUCACCAUUAAUUAGUAAUAGGAAAACAAGAUAUUGUUAUUACUUGUUUUCCUUAUUCUAGUGCUGCCAUUGUUGUUAUCCUAUUGUGAUUAAGAUUCUCUAUGGGAUAAAACCUUCAUUAUUGAUUAAGACCAAUUAUUAUCAGAUUGUAUUAUGAUGUUGAAGCAAAGGUCUCCCUA